AUAAUUUUACAAUGAAUCUUGACGUAGCUAACAGGAAAAAUGAAAAGGGAAUUUUCCUCAAUCUCUUUCCCCGAUGACUCGAGCAUCGUGUACGCUUCAUAAAUCGAUAUAAAAAAAUGUGCGAACAUUAAAAUCUGUUCGAAGGGCACGUUGAAUAUAUAAAGAUUAUUAUUCGGUAAAAAAUAAUGUACGUAUAGUUUUAAAGAAAAUCGGAGUUAUUUAAAUGAUUAGUUUAUUAUUCGACAAAAUUGUGGCUGGUGGGGAACCAGUUGCCCUUGACUCCGGUCAUUAUAUCAGCGACAUCGUCAGUUGGAAUCUUACUUUCAGGCGCAUCGGUUGUAAUUUUAAACUGGCGCCGAAAAAUUAAUACAUAUCUAAAAUCACGACAUAUCAAGAAACAUCUCAGUGAGGUUUGAUACAUUUACUCUUCACUACGCUCAGUAUUAGUUGCAGCGACAGAUAACUCAUGAGAAAUGAUUAAAUCAUCCGUUUUAUGUGUCUUCUCUCAAGUGUUGAUACUUGGUUUGAUUAUUACUCAUGCCGGAGGACAAUCGGAUUGUGUAUCACCAAAUGGUGUGGCUGGCAGAUGCAUUGGAAUACGACAGUGUCCACAACUUUUGGCUCUUCUUCAAAGUGUUCCCCUUACGACAGAAACUGCAAAUUUUUUAAGACAGUCAGGCUGUGGUUUUGAGGGUAGCGAUCCUCUAGUUUGUUGCACAGAGAAUCGAAACAAUAAUUUCGAAACCCUAGAGCGUGAUGCAGUGAGCGAUCCAAACGCACAGUAUAAUUUUUCUAACAAUCCUUUGUUACCCUCCGAUUGUGGCAAAGACCUGUCUUCGAGAAUCAUAGGUGGAGAACGCACGGAUAUCGACGAAUUUCCUUGGAUGACACUCCUAAUAUACCGUAAACCAAAUGGACACACUGCGGCUUGCGGCGGAACUCUGAUCAACCAACGUUACGUUUUAACGGCAGCUCAUUGCGUGAAGGGUAAGGACAUACCAAAAUCAUGGCGCUUGGAUAGUGUCCGGUUAGGCGAAUACGACACUAACAGCAACCCUGAUUGCGUGACGGAUGGCGAAGACGGCAUGGUCUGUGCCGACGCAGUUGUCAACGUUGGCAUCGAGGAGCAAAUCAGUCACGAAAAAUAUGAUCCGCUAAGAAGAGAUCAAAGAUACGAUAUUGCUCUCCUAAGGUUAAAUCGUGACGUUCAGUUUACGAAUUAUAUUAAACCAAUAUGUCUACCACCUACUGCUUCUAUGGGACGGAAACUGUUCGUUGCCGGUUGGGGAAAAACGGAAACUGGAUAUUCGUCAAACGUCAAACUGAAAGUUUCUGUACCGCUUGUCGACGAAGAACAAUGCAAGAAUAGAUACAACUCGGUACGAGUGCCGCUUGGGUUCGGACAGAUUUGUGCAGGUGGUCAGUCAGGUAAAGAUUCGUGCACCGGAGAUUCUGGAGGUCCUUUGAUGACCAUGGAAAGACGAAGCGACGGUAACGGUAGGUGGGUCGUUGUCGGUGUCGUCUCCUUCGGUCCAUCGCCGUGCGGCAUGUUAAACUGGCCCGGUGUUUAUACCAAAGUAAUCGAUUAUGUUCCAUGGAUACUCAGCAAAUUGAGAGCUUACGUCGAUAUCGUAGUGAACUUGCAUCUCAAAGGCAAGAAUUAUCGCAAAGUUUAUAGAGAUAAAAUUAAAGCCCCGAGAACGAUUUUAAAUUUGUUGGAAGAAAAGCGGAAUAGAAGGUUGACAUUCGGAGCCAGCAUGAUCCAUCACGCGCUAUUGUUUCUACUUCUGGUUCUGCACGAGAUCAGUGCGCAAAGUCAAUGCUACACUCCCCAAAACAAAGUUGGCACUUGUAUUAAUAUACAUCAGUGCCAACCAUUGAUAGAAAGAUUGACAAAACAGCAACCAGUGACCAAAGAGUUGCGCGAUUAUUUGAUUAGUUUACAAUGCGGCUUCGAAGGUAUAAAUCCGAAAGUGUGCUGCGAACAACAGACAUCAACGGGCACAUCGAACGUGGGAGCCCAGGCGCCCGAUCCUCCGAAUGUUGCUAAUCACGUGAACUUGCGGUUAUUGAACGACGCUUCGUGUGGACCAGUUCCGCAACAAAAAAUUGUUGGCGGUAAAAAAACUGGCGUAUUCGAUUUUCCAUGGAUGGCGUUACUAAGUUACAGCAUUGCGGGAAAUAAGCUGGAAUUUCGAUGCGGCGGAUCGUUAAUCAACAAACGAUACGUGCUCACGGCCGCUCAUUGUGUUACCGGUUUAAAGCAUGAUAUGAGGUUGGUGGGAGUGCGAUUAGGAGAGCACGAUUUCAGCACGGAACGUGACUGCGACAAAGAAGCAGACGGUGUCGAGGUGGUCUGCGCUGAAAAGUAUCAGGACUUUGGUAUAGAAAGCGUUCACUCUCAUUCGAGAUACUUGCGCGACAAACUGCAAAACGAUAUUGCUUUGAUACGAUUGGACAGGGACGCUGAUCUUAGACCAGAAAGUGUUCGACCGAUUUGUAUGCCAAUAGGAACAGCCGCUACCUUGACUAAAACAAAAGUGGUGGUAACGGGUUGGGGCAUUACGGGAAAACCAAACCGUAAUUAUGAGUUGCUGCAAGUACAGUUACCAGUGGUCGAUAUAAACACGUGUGCAAAAAAAUAUGAAAAGAGAGUGCAAGUAUGGUACAAACAGAUGUGUGCCGGUGGCAACGAAGGCAAGGAUUCUUGCAAUGGAGAUAGCGGUGGACCGCUUCAAGCACUGGCAGUAUACAAUGGCAAUGUGACAUAUGUACAAUAUGGAAUUGUCAGUUUUGGGCAACAAAAUUGUGGCACGGCAGGAUUUCCCGGUGUUUAUACUAAAGUUGUAUAUUAUAUGGACUGGAUUUUAGAUACCAUUAGGGAGUAAAUUAACAUAUGUGAACAGAGUUUAAAUUAUUGAUCAAGUUGCAUUUAUACAGCUAAUAACUUAACACGUAAUAUUUCUUUUACGCGUUCCAUGAAUUACACUGGAAGCAACAUUGUUUACCCGAAUAUAUCCUGUGUUCUACUUUUGAGGUUGUUACUCGCAAUAACGGAUACGUUACGAUUAUACAUAAUUACAUAUACAUACAUAUUGGUCUCAUCUACUAUUCAACAUGUUUGCCUUGGACCCACUUUUUUAUGUAAUUACAUUAAUAUGAAUUUUAAGUAAUUGAAUUUCUAUUUUUGCUACAUGUAUAGAAUAAAAUAUAAAACCUUACAGAUAAUAAAUACGACUGUUUUUAAGA